UAAUGUUUUCCAGCCAUCCGAUGUCUAUUUUUUGUAUAAUAGCAACCGAGUUUUGUGAAAGAUUUUCAUUUUGUGGACUUAGAACAAUCUUGUCGCUUUACUUGAGGAACGUGCUAUGUCUACACGAAAAUGCUGCAACUGUUGUAUAUCACAUUUUCAUUAUGAUGUGCUACACAAUGCCCCUAGUUGGAGCAGUACUGGCUGACAACUUUAUAGGGAGGUACAGAGUGAUAUUAUAUUUUUCUGUGAUAUACUUGUUGGGAACCAUGUUGACCUGCUGCUCCGCAAUACCGCCUCUCAUGUUACCUCCCACGUAUACUUCUAUGAUUGGUCUAGCACUGAUUGCGACUGGUACUGGCGGAAUAAAACCAUGUGUGGCCGCCUUUGGAGGUGACCAGUUUCGUCUUCCCGACGAGAAUCAGCGGCUUCAACGUUUCUUCUCCACUUUCUACUGCAUGGUGAAUCUAGGUGGAUUUAUGGGAAUGAUUAUCACACCAGCCUUAAGGAGAAGUGUCAUGUGUUUCGGCGGUGACGCCUGCUAUGCACUUGGUUUUGGUUUCCCAGCAAUACUUGUAUUGGUUUCUAUUGUGAUAUUUGUAGCCGGGAAACCAUGGUAUCGGAUAAAGAAACCCCGUGAUAAUGUAACAUUGAAAUUUAUUUCGUGUGCGUGGUAUGCUUUCAUGAAGUGGUUACGAUGUGACUCCAGGAGCGAUCCUAUAAAGGAACACUGGUUAGAUUAUGGUGCUGAUAAAUAUGGCGAGAAACUCAUAGCCGAUAUGAAAAUAGUGUUUUCAAUAUUAUAUCUGUAUCUACCAGUUCCAAUAUUUUGGUCAUUGUUUGACCAGCAGGGCUCCAGGUGGACCUUCCAAGCGUCUAGGUUACGUAGUGAAGUUUUUGGUGUUACAUUAAUGCCUGAUCAGCUUCAAGUGAUGAAUCCGGCGAUGGUGCUCUUCAUGAUGCCGGUGUGCCCGGGAGGCGUGUGGCCGGUGUUGCCCGAUUUACCACCGUUACAGAAAAUGUUUAUAGGUGGCGUGUUAGCCGCAUUGGCAUUUGUUGCCGCUGGUAUUCUACAAAUUGGAAUAGAGCGCUCAACUUUACAAGUGCCGGUACAUCACCACUCUGGGUUGGUUUUAUUGAACACAUUGGGGUGCCCUGUAGAAAUAGCAGUCCAAGGUGAGGGGAUAGUACCUAUAGAGGAGCAUGGUACAGCAUUGAUGACACCUCUUCCUCAUGGCAUUCUAAAUAUUAUAGCCAGCUGCCCUGUUAACUGUGCUGGCAGGGUAAUGAAGAGACAUGCAGUCCGAGAGGAAGUGAGGACUGUGGCCGGCAUGUUUAUAACAGUCGUUAUAGGGCAGAAUUCAAAUGAUCACAUAUCUCUUUACUUUAUGGAUCCCAAUCCAUUUACUAAGUCCCUGACAGGGAAGCCAAAGUUGAAAGUAGUAUACCUCGGCGACACUGGGCCUAAUAAGAAUGUGACGAUCUCAAUUGAAACAGACAAAAGACUCAGCGAUAUUUAUUACGUCUCUGACGAGCCUGUAGACCACAUCGGCGAGUCUGCCUUUAUGUGUUUACAACCCGGAAGGUUUAAAUGGCAUGCGGAAAGUGCUGGUGGAGAGUUAUUCGGUUCCGGUGAAGGAUUUCUCAGGGCCGGUGGAGUAUAUGUUUUGUGUCUACGGGAGAGACUCGGUAGGCUCGAUGCAGCAGUACUGCACGCCCCUAAUCCUCCCAAUGAACUUCACUUGGCGUGGAUCAUACCACAAUAUCUCCUCGUGUCUGUUGCGGAAAUCAUGUUCGCUGUGUCGGGCUUAGAAUUUUCAUUUACUCAAGCACCGAAAACUAUGAAAACUAUUACAAUAGCGGCAUGGUACGUUUCUGUUGCGUUUGGAAAUCUUAUUGUGAUUCUUGUAGCGCAGACAAAGGUAUUCGAAUCGCGGGCUACGGAGUUCUUUGUUUAUGCUAUGGUGUUAGCCAUCGCCAUGUUAGUAUUUCUUCGGAUGGCUAAAGGGUUCCAUUCCAGGAGUAUAGAAGGGGAUGGUUCAUCGUCUGAAAGCAGACCUCUAAUACAUCACAGAUCUAAGGUAAUAUCAGUCCACUCAUUGUCCACUGCGACUACAAGAUGUUUCAGUGGUCCUCAGCACAGUGCAGCAUCGUGUCUUGGAUUGAUGGAACGCGCAAGACCGGCGGCUUGGCCGUCUCGUGCUUACGUGCAUCUGGCAACACCUAGCACCAGCGAACCAAGAAUUACCAGUUUGGCUAAGGACUGAUAUAAAUAUUAUAAUUACCAUUGGGUUUCAAUCUAUCCACAUAACACAUACAUGCGUAUAAAUUAAGUUUCAUUUAAAUAUACUUACAUAUGUUUUGAAUAUUCACAAUUUUUUAUUCAUUAGCAUACAUUCAAGUGGAAAAAUUUGUCUGCUCUCGUAAACGUCGUCUCUAAAACUCGUUUAGUGCGGAUUUGGAAUAUAAAAUGGACUGCACUUUCAUUUAUUUACCAUAACGCAGUUGGUUGUCAAACAUUUUUGUAACUGUAUUCAGACCCAUUGUUCCUACAUUGUCUAUGUGACUACU